UUGGAAAAAACAUUGCCCUGCAUCUCAUUAUCAGUGGCUGCUUCUCGGUUCCUUUUUUUUCUUUUAUGUACAUGAUACAUAAACUUUUUUUUGAGUUCUAUGGAAAGUGAAACCACAACAACUAGCACUACGUCAUGACUCAUUGACUUUCUUAUUCUCAAGGUCAACUUAAAGCCAAUGAGCCAAAGACAUUUUAAUUUCACCUUAAUGACUAUAUAUCCCAAUAGCAAUUCACAAAACAAAUAAACCACCUUUUGCUUUCAAAAAAAAAAAGCAUCAUCAUGGGAAGAGGAACAACAACAACCAACUCCCUGUUCUUUUCAUCACUACUCUUAUUGCUAUCUUCUCUCUUGUUCCAAAACGGCGUCGUUUAUGCUCAAGAAAAGAUAGCAUCAUCAGAGGAAGAAGCACUGGGCUUAUUUCAAGAAAGAGAGACACUUGAAAUCAUCAUAGGAGGUGGAAGUACACCUUCCCCUUCCCCUUCCCCUGCACCUACGCCACCUGAUUAUACGCCAUGCCCUCCGCCACCGAAACCGCUGAGCCGUUUGGACAAAGCGCGAAAAGUGCUCCUCAACUUCACCAACUACAUCGUAGACCCAAAAGGUUUCACCAGUAACUGGUGCACAACUCACAUUCUUCCAUGUUAACUCCAACAACUUCUCCAGUUCCGUACCAAAGGAAAUAAUCAGUUACGGCUUUUUCUUCGAGCUUGAUCUUAGCAACAACAAGCUUUGUGGUCAGUUUCCAAUGGAAACGCUUAAGAACAAGAACCUAGUGUUCUUGGACCUCAGGUUCAACAACCUCGCCGGCCCGAUUCCAUGGCAACUAUUCGAAAUGGAUCUCGACGUGAUUUUCAUCAACAACAACAAGUUCAACCAGUUCCUCCCCCAGAAUUUCGGAAAUACCCCCGCAAGGUACCUGACCUUUGCCAACAAUCAAUUAUGCGGUCCGAUACCAAGGAGCAUCGGCAAGGCAGCCAACACUCUGACGGAGGUGCUCUUCCUUGGGAACAGGUUUGAUGGCUGCUUGCCGUACGAAAUCGGAAACCUAAAGAAAGCAGUUGUGUUUGAUGUGAGCAUGAACCAAUUAACAGGUCCAAUACCGUACUCGUUUGGUUGCUUGAGGCAGAUUCAAUUCUUGAAUCUUGCGAAAAACAAAUUCUACGGUGCGGUUCCGGAGAACGUUUGCAAGCUUCCGGGGCUGAUUAAUAACGGAAACUUGACCCUGUCAAACAACUACUUCACAGAGGUUGGUCCUGAAUGCAGGAAAUUGAUAAAGUCAAAGGUUUUGGAUUUGACCAAUAACUGUGUUCCGGGUUUACUGAACCAGAGGCCACAAAAAGAGUGUUGGGAGUUUCUUCAUAGUGUGAAGCCUUGUCCAAAUGAGAAGUAUCUUUUGAGUUAUGCACCUUGUGCGGGAUGGAAGGAAACUGAGAACACGGAGGAGGUGGCAGCGGCGACGGAGCCUGUUACUUAUAACGCUCUCAAACCGCACCGGUUGAGACUUUGAUGGUGUCGUAAUCUGAGUCAUAAUGGGGUGCGGGGACUCUCUGAUUUUUUUGAAUUUGACGAUGAUAAUGAUUGAUUAUGCUUCUUUUUAAUUUGCACAUAUAGUUUCUUUAAUAAUUAGGGUCCUACACUCCUACUUUUGUGUCGGUGUGUGUUUAUAGUUUCAAUUGUUGAAUAAGAAAUGUAAUCCAUUCAGAUAUCUAAAAUAUAAUUUUCCUAAUUAUUCCAAUAAAUAUAAUCAUAUCUUAUUGAUAGCA